AUCGGUUAUCACUAUUGUGAUAUUUAUUAAGCUUGUGAGGUUUGUUUUGAAUUUGUUUUUCUACUUGUCUGACGGAAUGGUACGUUUAAGCAUAAUUGCAUUUGCUGUGAAGCCUCGCGUUUCACUCAUUAAGUUUCGCAAAGGUGGACUUGCUCCUAUUGACCGUACAGAACGUCUGUCGUCAGCUUCUACAGAGAGUGCUACUCGCAGUACAGCUAUUGAAGACUGGGAAUUGCCAUAUCGGUAUGCGCGUAAACCUAUUGACCCGGUUGAAAUGGAAUAUAUUAAUAACGGUGGAAUUAUUUAAAGUGUUUCGUCAAAAAAGGAAAACCUGAUAUAUUUGUCAUGAAGACAGAAGCGUUUGCAUAUUUUUAUUAAUAAAUAAAUCAAAGAAUGCAGUUUCGAAGUCGUAUUAAAUUUUUAUAUUAUAUGAAAAAUUGGUUGACAUGUGAUUCGAAUACCUUGAACUUAGGUAAUUUUUGUUAUUUACGCUAAUAACACAAGGGAUGUAUUAUAUAAAUAUACUCUUAUACAUACUUUGUUGAUUUAUCAAAACUUCACUUAAUUAAUAACUUAAUAAAAAAUGUUUUAAUCAUCAUGGACAAGUAAAACAUA